AAACAUAACCUAUAUUUCUUGACUUUCUGUUGUGAACGAUUUCCAACGUCUGUGUCAAUUUUGAUCUGCUUUUUUUCAAAUUGCACAUUAUGUUUUGAAAUUCGAGUGUUUUUAUUGAAAUUAGGUGUGUUAAAAAAGUUUAUCGUGAAGAGUUUUUAAUCAAAAACUUGUAAUAAUGUCAUAUUUAAGCAGGAAAGAAAUAGACGAGAUGAAACCUCAAAUUGAGAGAGCUGUGCACAAGUUCCUCGGCUUCGGGGAGCCCUCAAUUGUCACCACUGCUGUUAAUUGUAUCACUUCUGGGUAUGAUAAACGCAAAACAGCAGACAAGCUCUCGGCAUUGUUGGACGACAAAAAAGCUUUGAAAUUGACAGAAAAAAUAUUCGUAAUUUAUGAUGACGCAAAAGCAUCACAGAGAAGUAAAAAACGAACGCAUUCAGAUGACAAAGAUAAAGAUGUUAAGAAAGCGAAAUUUAAGGACGAAGGUGCCAAACAAGAAAAAAAUGAAGCGAAACUCUCUGCUGAUAAGAUCAAACUGAUGAUGGUAAAUGCACAGAGGGAAAUAGAAGAAAGAAAACGAGCUUUGAAAUCCAUAAAAAAAGAUGAUUUUCCACCUAUGAGACAUUCCUUGAAAGCUCGAGAACAAUUUCAAUCGAUGGGUAGCAUGUAUAAUCAAGGUUUAUUAAGUAAAACUGAUUCAGAUAAAGCACGAAAAAUUGCGGCUUUACAAGCACAAAUUGGAAAUAAAUUGAGUGCACUUGCAUUGCCCAAUAUUGGUAUCCCAGACAAACCAACUCCAUUAAUUCUUGAUGAAUCAGGACGAACGGUUGACAUUACGGGAAAGGAAGUUCAACUCACGCAAAUUGUACCCACAUUGAAAGCGAAUAUACGUGCAAAAAAACGUGAAGAAUUUAAAGCACAAUUACAAGAGUCAAAACCAGAAGAAAUACAGGAUACAGGAUUUUUUGAUUCUCGUAUUGGCAUGAAAUCAUCUAUACGUGUGAAACGUGCACUUAAAUUCAAUGAUCCAGGUAAAUUUCAACAACUUGCUCACAAAAUUCGUAUGAAGGCGCAAUUGGAAAAAUUACAAAAUGAAAUCAGUCAAAUAGCGCGAAAAACUGGUAUUAGUUCGGCAACGAAAUUGGCAUUAAUUGCACCGAAAACAGAGGCUUUAAAUGAAGAUGUGCCCAAUUUGGAAUGGUGGGAUUCUGUUAUUUUGAAUGGAAGUUAUCCAAUUAAUGACGACACGACAACACUUAUUAAAACCGCCACCAUUACUAAUCUUGUUGAGCAUCCUUAUCAAAUACGACCACCAACGGAUCCUCUUAAGCCAGUGUACAUGCCAGUAUUUCUCACCAAGAAGGAAAGAAAAAAGCUUCGUAGGCAAAAUCGACGUGAGGCUUGGAAGGAGGAACAGGAGAAAAUUCGAUUGGGUUUGGAACCACCACCAGAACCGAAAUUACGAAUUUCAAAUCUUAUGAGGGUUCUGGGAACGGAAGCAGUUCAAGAUCCAACGAAAAUUGAACAACACGUUCGACAACAAAUGGCGAAAAGAUUAAAGGCUCAUGAGGAUGCAAAUGCUGCUCGACGAUUAACCGUUGAACAGCGUCGCGAGAAAAAAGCAAGGAAACUUAAAGAAGAUACUUCUCUUGGUGUUAACGUCACUGUUUAUAGAAUAAGAGAUUUAAUAAAUAAUGCAUCAAAGAAAUUUAAAGUGGAAACAAAUGCAAAGCAACUGUAUUUAACUGGUUGUGUGAUGUUGUUUAGAGAUUGUAAUGUUGUUGUUGUCGAAGGUGGAGCAAAACAACUGAGUAAAUAUAAACGAUUAAUGUUACAUCGAAUUAAAUGGGAGGAAGAUAUUGUGAAAGAUACCGAUGGCAAUGAUGUACCGAAUAAAUGUGUUCUCGUAUGGGAAGGCACAAGCAAAAGUCGACACUUUAAUGACGUGAAAUUUAAAGUAUGUCCAAUUGAAAAAAUGGCUCGGGAACAUUUCAAGAAACACCAAGUGGAACAUUAUUGGGAUCUCGCCUACAGUGGAGCUGUACUUGACAAUACGGACGAUGCUAAUGAAUAAGAGAUUUAGUAAAUAAAAUUCAUCAUAGAAAUGGAAAGUGGAGAUGAACGCGAAGCAGCUGUACUUGACUGGUUGGAUGAUGUUGUUUCGAGAUUGUAAUGUUAUUCUUGUUGUUGAUGAAGAUGAUGAUGAUGAUGAUGAUAAUGGAAAAACAGGACAAGUAAGUAAAAAAACGGUACCGAUGGAAAUAAUGUUCCCAACAAAUAUGUUUUGAACAAAAAAAAAUCAAUUAGACUAAUGACAUUAAAUUCAAAAUGUAAUUAUUGAGAUCUUACAUUCAAUUGAGUUUUUCUUAACGGAUAAUAUAAAUUACACGGAGGAGAAAGAGACAUUAAAUUUACAAAGUAUAUUAGUAAAUAUAUUUUAGUAAACAAUAGAAUAUUUUUCUAAGUAAAUUUUACAAAAUUUUCUUGUUAAACCAACUUAUCUAUUAUUAAGAUUUUUUUAUUUAAUUAUAGGUACAAUUCGUAAAAUGUCUAUAUUAUAUUUACUAGACUAAGUUGUAAAUUUAAUUUUUCUUUUUUUGUCUAUAUUGUAAUAAUAGAUAUAAAUAAGUAUAAAUUAAUAUCAACAGCAUAAUCGAUAUGAAUGGUAUUCCUUAAGAUUAUUGUUUACUUAUUUCUUUAGGUAUUCAAUUGCUCUUAAAAAGAAAGAAAGAGAUGUUUAAAAUUGUUUACAUUUUUUUUUUUGGCAUCUCAUGACGAUAGAACAAUGCAGAAUAUUGUAAUUAGAUUUAGUGAUGUAUAUACUAUAUAUAUAUAAAAUAUUUAUACUGUAUUCAGUAUACUGUAAAUUUCUGCACAAAGUUCAAAUUCGUGUCAAUUUACUUUUGCAAGUUUACUUCAUCAAGUAAAUGAAAAAUAAAAUAAUUUCAUGCUUAAAUUUAUUUUGUCGAAAAAUGAAAUUUUUCUUCAAAAAUAUUUGAGUCUAUUGAUAUUUAAUCGACUCCUAGUUGGGAAAUUCAAUUAUUUUUGAAUUUAAAACAACAUUUUUUUGUUGUUGUUGAAAUAUUCCAAUGUCAGAAAGAAAAGAGAAAUCUUUGCCUAAGGGUUAAAAAUAACAUAAGAUUUAAAUUUCAAGGUCAUAUGUUGAGACAAUGAAUUAAGGCCUUUCCACCCACGUUUUGUACGAUAAAAUGUCAUCAUCGUGGUUAUGUGCUCAUUGACUAAAAUAUAAACAAAACUUUAAAAAAAAAAAAUAGUAUAUAUAUGAUUAAAUAAACGGAAAGAUUUUGAAAAAUAUUUUUAUCAAAAGGUUGAUUCUCGAAAAUGACUUUUAAUGUACUACAUGCGUUAAGAUUCUUUUUUUAUUUUUUAAAUAUAUAAAUGAAUUUUGAAAUUUUAUAACUGGAAAAGUGAAGUGUUAAAUUUAUUUUUCAAUUUUUAAAUCAAUGAAAAUCUAGAACUCACUUUUUUUUAAAUGUUAUAUAUGUGUAUUUUUGUGACAUUUCACAGAAAAACUUUUGUAACCAUAGACUUGAAUAUUCUUCUGUAAAGAGUUGUAAAUUUGUCAAUAAAAUUUAGUUUCUAA